UCUGCUAGAGAGAGGGCGAGAGAGCGAGCAAGAGGAAUAAAGUGCUCCUGCUGGAUCUUAUCGGAGCCCUCUCUCCCCUCUCUCUCCUUCCCCUCUCCUUCUAGCUUUCAGUUUGUGUCCAUUUAAGUUGUGGAGGCCCUGGAGAGGACACACAAUGGAGCGGAGAGCCUGUGGCAACUGGGCCGUUGUACUGCUGAGAGGGGGAUGGGGUAGAGAGAGGACCGGUUCACACAGCUAACACAGCCUGCCGGCUGGAGGCUUCCACAGCCUUUCCUCCUCGCCUGGACCCACUGUUUCCAGGCUGGGGCCUUUUUUUGUGGAACAGCUAUCCUCAAACUCCGCUUGGACGACACGAAGGAUUACUCAUUGUGUUCCGUCGGAUUUUAGGAUACAUACUGAAAAAUAUAUCACUCUGGCGUUUUGGAUAAGAGAAAAGAAAAAACUAACUUCAGUGUAAUUCUUCUUGCCCGUUUUUGGUUUCUGUUGAGUGGAGUUCAUAAAUGGAUUACAAGAUGCACGCCAAAUCAAACGAUUUGCUGGAUUUUCAAAAACUGGACGCCCUUCUGGAAAAAAUUGCACAUUCGGUCUCUGUGAAAAGAGAGUCCAGCGAGGAGUGCAAUGGGAUCAGUGGUGCUCUGUCAGUGGAGUCUGUGCCGGGGCCAAGACUGAACUGGUGUCCUGCCAGCACCACUAUCCCUGCCCCUGCAGCUCAAGCUCCAGCUCUGAGGCCUGAGCCCAACCCUGUUAGAAUGGGGGACGGUCUGGAUGCAGCACAGAUGUCGGGCAGCAGCAGCAGCCAGGGGCAGGCCCAGCAAAUGGGCAAUCCCUCACCCCCAGAGUACAUCAAUCCCAUCAGGCCAAAGCGCCAGACUAAUCAGCUGCAGUACCUGCUCAAGGUGGUGGUGAAGGGCCUGUGGAAGCACCAGUUUGCCUGGCCCUUUCAUAUACCAGUGGAUGCGAUCAAACUCAACCUUCCUGACUACGACACAAUAAUCAAAAUUCCCAUGGACAUGGGAACAAUCAAGAGAAGGCUUGAGAACAGUUACUACUGGAAUGCCCAAGAAUGUAUACAAGACUUCAACACGAUGUUUACCAACUGCUACAUAUACAACAAGCCUGGAGAUGACAUAGUCUUAAUGGCUGAGGCUCUAGAGCAGGUGUUCCUCCAAAGGGUCACUGAAAUGCCUGUGGAAGAAACUGAAAUUGUUGUCAUGACGGGGAAGGGCCGUGGCCGUGGUCGAAGAGACGGAGGUCUGAGCUUGAAACCAGGGGCCAUCAUUGAUUCAUCGUCCACGACUCCUCAAACACCCGGUCUGUCAAAUCUCUCGGUAGCACCGCAGAUCAGAGAACCAGUACAGGGCCCGCCUUUACUACCUCCCCAGCCUUUGAUGCAGGCCCUGCCUUCCCACGUGCCCCCAAUGUUACCCAGUCAUGCGCCACAGCUUGGAGCUCCAUACACCCUGGGCCAAUCCCUGGACUGUGCACCUCAAGUUCCCAUUCUGACUUCCGUGCCCCCCCCAGUUCAGACAUCCCUUCCCCCAGCAUCCAUCCAGAGCACUGCCCCCAUGCUGCAGAACUCUAUAACCAUGACCAAACAAAGAAAGAGUCAGAAAAGGAAAGCUGACACUACAACACCCACAGCAAAUGACCAACUGAGUGAGUCUUCACCAGCAGAGUCCAAAUCUGGGAAGACACUACCCAGGCGAGAGAGUGCCCGGCCUACAAAACUGAUAAAGAAGGAUGCACCAGACUCCCAGCAUCACAUAGGGAUGGGGAUGGGCAUGGGGAUGGGAAUAGGAAUGGGAAUGGGAAUGGGAAUGGGAAUGGGAAUGGGACUGAGUGGACCAAGUGGAGGUCAUAGCCCAAAGCCACAGGAUCAGCUGGGUUACUGUGCUAGUCUGGUUAGGGAUAUGUUGUCCAAGAAGCAUGCUGGUUAUGCCUGGCCCUUUUAUAAAUCAGUUGAUGUGGAUGCACUGGGAUUACACGAUUAUCACGAUAUCAUCAAAUAUCCGAUGGACCUCAACGGCAUCAAGGUAAAGCUGGAGAACAGGCAAUACCGGGAACCCCAGGAGUUUGCUUCUGACGUACGAUUAAUGUUUUCGAACUGCUACAAAUACAAUCCACCAGACCACGAGGUGGUAGCCAUGGCUCGCAAGCUACAGGAUGUCUUUGAGAUGCGCUUUGCCAAGAUGCCAGAUGAACUUGAGAUCAAGCCUCUAGUUUCUCCCCCAACUCUUACUCUCCACCAUCCAGCCCCUGUUAAGCCCCAGCCUCCUUUGGCCCACGUUGCCUCAUCCACAGACAGCUCCAGUGAUUCGUCCUCCGAGUCUGAGUCUUCAACAGAUGACUCUGAAGAGGAAAGAGCCAACAGGUUGGCCGAGCUCCAGGAUCAGUUAAAGGCUGUCCAUGAGCAGCUGGCAGCCUUGUCCCAACCACAAGCCAGCAAACCAAAGAGAAAAGAGAAGGAAAAGGAGAAGAAGGAGAAGGAGAAAGAGAAGAAAAAAGAAAAGCAUAAGAAGAAAGGAAGCAUGUCUGGCCUUGGAGAUGAGAUCCAGGAUGCUACGCCUCUGCAGCAGCUCUCUAAGAAGACAAAGACUAGUAACAAUAACAACAAAGAUGUUGUACCCAAGAAGAAACCUAGUAAAAAGGAAGGGAUGAAAAGCAAUCAUCCCUCCAACCUGCUGCCUGUUCCCGGCAUUGAAGACGACCUGGUGGCAGCUGGGUCAUCAGCAACCGGGGAAAAGUGCCGACCUAUGACGUACGAGGAGAAGAGGCAGUUAAGCUUGGACAUCAACAAACUUCCCGGUGACAAGCUCGGCCGUGUAGUGCAUAUCAUUCAGUCCCGAGAGCCCUCACUCAAAAACUCAAACCCUGAUGAGAUUGAGAUUGACUUUGAGACGCUAAAACCCUCCACUCUGCGCGAGCUGGAGAGAUACGUCUCUUCCUGCCUCCGCAAGAAGAAAAAGGUUCAAGUUGAGAAGCCAGUAGAGUCCAUGGCUACCUCCAAAAAGACUGGAUCCUCUUCAGAGAGCAGUGGCUCCAGCACAGACAGCGAAGCUGAGGGGACAGGAAUAAUAAAGCAUCGGAAGAAAAAGGGCUUGUCGGUGAAGGAGGGGAAAAAGACCCAUCCUCAUGUACACAUUCAGAGUGGCCCUGGUCAGAUUGGGCUUCAUUCCCAAAUUGCAGGCCUUCAGUCGAGCAGUCAGAUGAAGCAGCAGCCUCAGCCGCCCACCGCAGGCUUCAUUGCUCCCCCUGUAGCUGCUCUGGAGUCUUCCCAGUUACUGGAGACCAGCUUUGACUCCCUGCCGCCUUUCGGCCAGCCUCUCAUGCAUCUCACGCACCACACGGGGAACUCCUCGCCUGCACCUCCUCACCUCAACGCUCAUUCUGCUGAGCCAGUGUCCCCUGAGACACACCCCUUCCUCAACCAACAUCCCGUCCUCACAUCUCCAGCUUUGCACAUCUCCAUGCCUCAGCAGCCUUCUCGACCCAGUCACAAGGCAGCGCCUCUUCAUCCCAAACCCCCUCAGCAGCAACCUGCACCUCCUCAGCAGCAGCCAACCCUGCAGCAGCCAACCCAGCAGCAGCAGCUCCAGCCCCAGUCGGCAGCACCACCACCAACACCGCCAACACCGCCAACACCACCACCACCACCACCACCACCACCACCACCACCACCACCGCAGCACCAGCUUUCUGCUCAGAUCCUCCACCCUUCUCAGCCUCUGCACCAGCGGCCCCUGUCCCCUCCAACACUCACACCCCAGGGCUUGCUGUCGUCCCAGCCUCCCCAGAUGCUGCUGGAGGACGAUGAAGAGCCAGGCUCCACGACGCCUAUGAACCAAGUCCAGUUAUACCUGCAGCAGUUCCAGCAAGCCCGCCAGCCACCGCAGUCCAUGCAGUCGCUCCAGGCACAGGCCCGUCAACAACAACAACAACAACAACAGCAGCAGCAACAACAACUACUACUGCAGCAGCAACAACAACAACAAAAACAGCAGCAACAACAACAACAACCGGGACAGAUCUCUCUCCUGCAGUCUGUCCAGGGACAAUCUCAACUGUCCUCUCAGACCACGCUGCCUCCUCCCCAGCUCCCUUUGCCUCCUCAGCCAGCCCCCCCACAUCAGGCCCCCCCACAUCAGGCCCCUCCACAUCAGGCCCCUCCACAUCAGGCCCCUCCACAUCAGGCACCGGCCCAACAGAUGCCGCUACACCAGGCCCGCCACAUGCAGCAUUCUCAGCCUCAGCAACAGCAGCCCCAACAACAACAACAACAACUGAAUUACCAGCAGGGUCCAGUACUGGCUGGUCAGUCGCAGGGAUCACAACACAAGGUAUCCAUGCCCAUCAACAAAGCACAGCAGAUCAUCCAGCAGCAGCAACAGCAGCCCUCCCCUCGCCCGACCAAGGCUGACCCCUACAACGCCGGUCACAUGAGGGACAACCCAUCCCCUCUGAUGAUGCAUUCCCCACAACUUCCCCAGUAUCCACCUGUCUCUCACCAGUCCCCACCUCACAACAUGCAGCCCAAAAAGCAGAGGGCCCCUGGGAGCCACGGUGUACUAAAGGAGGAGAAGCUUCCUCCAUCACCAGUGAUGAGAGGAGAGCCAUUUAACCCUGCCAUGAGACCAGACCAUCAUAAACACCCCGAUAACAAGCCUUCUCAACCAGGCCACAGCCAACAGAAUGUGAAGUCUAUAGACAACUUGCGACCUGUCAUCCGCUCCUCCGAGUCCAGUGGACUGCCCUCCUCUCUGCAAGAGAAGGAGAAGUUCAAGCAGGAGUCCAAGGUGCCCAUUGCCCCCAAAAAGGUACAGGAUGUGAAACUGAAGAAUAUGGGCUCAUGGGCCAGCCUGGCACAAAAGUCCACGUCUACACCCUCAUCUGCCGUGAAGUCGUCGAGUGACAGCUUUGAGCAGUUCCGUCGGGCUGCGCGGGAGAAAGAGGAGAGGGAGAAAGCUCUGAAGGCCCAAGCUGAGCAGGUGGAAAAAGAGCGACUCCGCAGAGAGCAGGACAAACUGCGAGGUCGAGAUGAAGACGACAUCAUGGAGCCCAGCAGGAGGGUGCAUGAGGAGCCGCGCAGGCGCCUGGAGCAGCAACACAUUCAAGCUUCUUCUUCGCAGCAGCAACAACAACAACAACAACAGCAGCAACAACAACAGCAACAACAACAGCAGAAGCAACAACAGCAGCAGCAACAGCAGCAACAACAACAACAGCAACAACAACAGCAGCAGCAGCAGCAGCAGCAGGAGCCCCAGCCAGCUGCCGUUCAGCCUCCUCAGCCCCCCACGCCGCCUCAGCCCGCCACACAGAACCCACUGGACCAACAGAGGGAGCUCGCUCGCCGACGAGAGCAGGAGAGGAGGAGGCGAGAAGCGAUGGCGGCAACUAUUGACAUGAAUUUCCAAAGUGACUUAAUGGCUAUCUUUGAGGAGAACCUGUUUUGAGGAGAGCAGCACCUGAAACUGAGAAAAAAGGAAAGAAAAGAAAAAAGAAAAAAACGAACCCUUCCUCUGAAGAGAGAUUUGCCGACCACGCACCACGGAGCGACACAGACUGUAUGUCGAUGUGACGGGCCCUCGGGUGGAGGACACGCACUGGACGGCGCCCGCAGGUCGCGUUGUCCCUGUGGACGAACACGCUCAACACGUGGGGAGAGUCUCACUGUCUCGGAUGUCGUAUCCGAGGAGAAGCAUUGUCUGCUUGAUAUACCUAACAGGAGAAGGAGGACCCCGGUUGGCACAGUUGCCUUUGUCACUUGCUUCUUACAGUGUGUGUGUGUGUGUGUGGACACAACAAUGAAUUGCAAGAGUAAGGACAUCCCAAUAACUAUGAAAAUGCUCUGAUAAUGUACUGACAGACUGUGCAGAGGUGUGUUUUGAAACUGCCAGAUAUCUGAGGUGGUGAAGAAGACUGGUCUUUUAUGUUCUGUUUUGUUUUGACUGUUGUAAGUGAACAAAUGAGGGGGGGAGGGGGGGGGGCAACAACUUCCAUAUUGUAAAUCAUGUAUAUUUCUCAGCAGAGAAGGUACAGUUUGCCUUACACCUCUUUCCUAAACAGACGAUUCUGUUCUGCACACAUGGACACACCAAUAACAUUCACAACCAGGAGCAGUGCAGACCUUUUUUCAUCAACUAUUAUCUACUGUAAAGAAGUAUUUUCUUAUUCUACAACAACUUUGUUUUGGAUCUUCUUUUUUUUUCUUCCCCUCUUUCGAUCUUUAAAUCUUCAUCCGACUCUGUCUAUGCCAAACAAACCCACUAUAUUUUAUGCUAAAUGACUCGUCCUAAAUCAUGGUAGGUAACACAAACAAACCUGAAUAUAUGCAUAAUCAUAGUUCCAGUAAGUAUUUAUCAAAUAGAAUCUGUUGACGUUUUCAUUCUGCCUUGUAUUUUUCUUUUAUUACUAAAACGUUAACUUGUUUGCGAGCGAGGGGGAAAGGUCCGGCCGUUUCUGAGCUUUACUUGGGAUAAGAUUUUACUACAAUUGUCGCACCAUUCUUUGUAUUACACUUUGAGACAUAAUGUUGAACAUGUUAAUAACAUUGGCCUGUUCACAGCAGUCACGCUAUGGAUCCGUUCUAAGCGAAUCGAUGGGGACCCCCGCGCUGCUCCCGGUGUCCACUCUGAUCCGACUUCACGGUUCUGAUCAAAUGUCAACAGAGUGCUGAAGGCGGGAAGUGGACCGCCUGGGGAGUAAGACAAACACGCAACACCUUUCUGGAGCUGUUACUUGAUUCAGGUUUCGUUAAAAAAUGUAAACAAAAUAAUUUAAAAAAGCUGAAGGGACUGGAAAGAGCUUCCUGUUAGUUUUUGCAUCAAUUUGUGGAAAAAAACCACAAAAUUUUUUUGAAAUGGAAAUCUCUGAAAUAACAGUUUUGAUUUAUCUUUGUUCUCGUUCGAUAAUGGUUGAUGUGAGUUAUGAUUCUGUUCUUGGAGACAUUGUCGGGACCGGGGACGGCUUGAGAUCUGAAUGCGUCUCGUCCUCUUCACUUGUCUCUGUUAUGGUGUUUUUCUCCAGUGCCUGUAUUGUAUUGCAAUUCUCGUUGGCUUAUAUUACACUUCGAGGGGGUUUAGCAAGGGGCCAGGUCAGGAUUGGGUGGUGUAAUAUUUGAACGGGGAGGGAGAUUUUUUGAAAGAGUUUGUGUAAAAAAUUUAAAGAAAUAAAAAAAGAAGGAAAAAAAAGGUAAAGACAGCGUUUUAUAUUUUACCCGUUAUCAAGAUUCGGGUUUUAAAUUUAGUUUUAGUUGGACUUCUGAGUGUACACCUCUGAACAACUACCUUCUCAUUUUGUUGAAUCGGCAGAUUUUAGGUGGAUAUUCUUCGGCGUUGCCACACGAGCGUCUGAGUCUGGUCUGUGAGUGUGACUGUGUACAUUUGGACGGCUGUGUGACUGUAUGUGUUUUGUUAUGGUUAAUUUUUUUGUUAAAGUGUGGCGCAGGAGGCAUUUUCUCCGAUGCAGAUAAGCAUUCUAUUGAUGAGAAUAAACAGAUGAACCGUACUUCAGGAGAACUUGUUUCAGUGCUUGAGUCACCUUUUUAAUUUCUAUGAAGUCCACCAUAUAUGAAAUAUAGAAUUUUUAUUGUUAGAUUGGUUUUGAAAGGAUAAAAAAAUAAUGUCAUUCCUUUUUUAGCCUUUUUUCUUUUGUUUGUGCCAUGAGUUCUACAGAGAAUGUGCUGACCCGCAGCUCAGCCCAGAGUUUGCUUUAUUCAGGUAUUUUAUUUUGUGUUACAUUUGUUCUGUUUUGGGGGUUUUGUUCAAGCAUUUUCCUCGAUUUAUUGUUUGGUAUGUGAGUGAUCUAUCGAGGUCUCUGAUUCAGUCUGUUAUGAUCAUUGAAUAAACUCAUCUCUUUUAUAGAAAAUAAAAAAAUAUACUAAA